CGCUCCCGGGGCAGCGGGCAGCGCCCGGCAGCGCCCGCAGCCUCCCCCCGCCGCCGGGCCCCGCUCCUCAGACAUGCCCCGCGCUGGGGCUCGCCGAGGAUCAUGACUGCAGCGGCCAACUGGGUGGCGAACGGGGCCAGCCUGGAGGAUUGCCACUCCAAUCUCUUCUCGCUGGCUGAACUCACAGGCAUCAAAUGGCGUAGGUACAAUUUUGAAGGUCAUGGGGACUGUGGCCCUAUCAUCUCAGCCCCAGCGCAGGAUGAUCCAAUUCUGCUCAGCUUCAUCCGCUGCUUGCAGGCCAACUUGCUCUGUGUGUGGCGCCGAGACGUCAAACCGGAUUGUAAGGAACUGUGGAUUUUCUGGUGGGGGGACGAACCAAACCUGGUAGAUGUGAUACAUCGUGAGCUGCACAUGGUGGAAGAAGGACUGUGGGAGAAUGGUCUUUCCUAUGAGUGUAGGACCCUGCUCUUCAAAGCGAUUCAUAACCUUCUGGAAAGGUGCUUGAUGGAUAAAAACUUCGUGAGAAUUGGAAAAUGGUUCCUAAGACCCUAUGACAAGGAUGAGAAGCCUGUUAACAAAAGUGAGCAUUUGUCAUGUGCCUUCACAUUCUUUCUUCAUGGGGAAAGCAAUGUGUGCACCAGCGUGGAGAUUGCUCAGCACCAGCCAAUCUAUCUGAUCAACGAAGAGCAUAUCCAGAUGGCCCAGUCCUCUCCAUCACCAUUCCAAGUUUUGGUGAGUCCUUAUGGUUUGAAUGGUACACUCACGGGUCAGUCAUAUAAGAUGUCAGACCCAGCAACUCGUAAGCUCAUGGAGGAAUGGCAGUAUUUUUAUCCUAUGGUGCUGAAGAAAAAAGAAGGCAUGAAAGAGGAAGAAGAGCUGGGAUAUGACAAUGAUUUCCCCGUGGCAGUUGAAGUCAUUGUUGGUGGUGUAAGGAUGGUGUAUCCUUCAGCCUUUGUUCUCAUCUCCCAGAGUGACAUCCCCAUGUCACAAAACACUGCCAGUACUGGAGGCCAUAUAAAUGUGGGUCAGCAGGGGCUUGGAAGCAUGAAAGAUCCUUCUAGUACCUGUGGAAUGCCUCUUACUCCACCCACUUCUCCAGAGCAGGCUGUUAUGGGAGAAAGUGGAUGCUCUCAGAGCAGUAUCAGCCAUUCAGCUGUACAGGAGGGGGCAGUUACUGUACACAGUCCAAAGAAAUCAAGCAAGAUUACUCCAAAAUUUCACAAUCAUAUGGUUCAACGUGUCUGGAAGGAAUGCAUUCUCAACAGGUCACAGUCCAAGAGGAAUCAAAUUACAACUGCAAAUCUGGAAGUGGAAGUUCCUAACAAUACUGUUUCUUGGGAUUUUGUGGAUCCAGCCCAAAGAGUCAGUUGUUCUUGUUCCAGGCACAAGGUUUUCAAACAGCGUUGUGCUGCUGGUUCCAGUCGCCCCCCAACGAUAAAUCAACCAGGAUUCAGUGUGGGAACAUCAUCAUCUUCAUCAUUGCCACCUCCUGCCUCUUCAAAGCACAAAGCAACAGAAAGACAGGACAAGGGCGAGAAGCUGCAAAAAAGGCCUAUGAUGCCAUUUCACCAUCGGCCCUCUGUGACUGAAGAGCUAUGCGUGGAGCAGGACACAUCAGGGCAAAAACUGGGAUUAGCAGGAAUGGAACCCUCUUUAGAAGUCGCUAAUUCCAGAAAAUAUGAGAAGCCGCUAUCUAUACCUGCUAGAAAUCCAAGCAAGCAAAUUAAUAUGAAUCCUAUGGAUUCACCCCAUUCCCCUUCUUCCCCUCUGCCUCCCACACUUAGCCCCCAGCCAAGAGGUCAGGAAGCAGAGAAUCUGGACCCACCUUCUGUACCUGUAAACCCAGCACUCUAUGGCAGUGGGCUGGAGCUUCAGCCAUUGCCUAGCUUAGAUGAGAGGACAGUUCUUGUUGGACAGAGGCUACCUCUGAUGGCAGAGGUUAGUGAGACAGCAUUAUAUUGUGGGAUAAUUCAAAACAAUGAGUCACUAGAUAUGUGGAGGACCUAUAGCGUCCCGUCAAGUGCUGAUCCAGAAUUCAGGCCUCCAGGUCUUCCAUGUGAAAGAGAUGAUACCAAGAAAGAAGUGAACUCAGGCAGCACUGCACUGAAAAGGCUCUUAGCACAACCUAAUAAACGGUUUAAGAUUUUGGGAGAACAGAAACCAGUGCAGACACUGAGCUAUCUUGACCCCUUGCCUCUAAUACAACAGCCAGGAGAAGGUUUGGGAGAUGCUAGUGAUCCUUACACUUUUGAAGAUGGUGAUAUAAAGUACAGCUUCACUGGCAAUAAAAAAUGCAAACUUGUGGCUGAAAAAGAUCUGCUGAAAAAGAACAAGUCAGAAGAUGGAAUUGGAACCAAGGAAAUCCCCGCAACAGGUCAUUCUACACCAGUUCCUGAUGGAAAAGAUGCCAUGUCUAUUUUCAGUUCUGCUCCUAAGGCUGAUACCCGACAAGACAAUGCUGCAGGCCGAGUAGGCUCUGGUAGCCUCACACAGGUGACAGAUCUCGCACCAUCACUGCAUGAUCUAGAUAAUAUCUUUGAUAAUUCAGAUGAAGAUGAGCUUGGUGCUGUAUCACCAGCUCUUCGGUCAUCAAAAAUGCCUGCAGUGGGGUCUGAGGAGCGCCCAGUGGGGAAGGAUGGUAGAACAGCAGUACCUUACCCACCAACUGUGGCAGAUCUCCAAAGGAUGUUCCCAACACCACCUUCUUUAGAACAACACCCUGCCUUCUCCCCAGUAAUGAGUUAUAAAGAUGGAAUAAGUUCAGAGACGGUAACCACCUUGGGUAUGAUGGAAAGUCCCAUGGUCAGCAUGGUUCCAACACAGCUUGCUGAGUUCAAAAUGGAAGUGGAAGAUGGAUUAGGUAGCCCUAAACCUGAAGAAAUUAAGGAUUUUUCGUACGUGCACAAAGUUCCAUCAUUUCAACCUUUUGUGGGCUCCUCGGUAUUUGCUCCACUGAAGAUACUGCCAAGCCAGUGCCUCUUACCUCUGAAGAUACCAGAUGCCUGUGUUUUCAGGCCUUCUUGGGCUGUUCCUCCUAAAAUUGAACAACUUCCUUUGCCACCGGCCACUUUCAUUAGAGAUGGCUACAACAAUGUGCCUAGUGUUGGGAGUUUGGCUGACCAAGACUAUCUUCAGAUGAACACUCCUCAGAUGAACACACCAGUGACACUGAAUAGCACUGCUCCGGCCAGCAACAGUGGAGCAGGAGUUCUGCCAUCACCAGCAACUCCCCGCUUCUCUGUCCCUACCCCACGCACUCCCAGGACCCCAAGGACUCCCAGAGGUGGGGGGACUGCGAGUGGGCAAGGAUCUGUAAAAUAUGACAGCACAGAUCAAGGUUCACCUGCUUCUACCCCUUCUACAACACGACCGCUUAAUUCUGUGGAACCAGCCACUGUUCAGCCAAUCCCAGAAGCCCACAGCCUCUACGUUACGUUGAUUCUUUCAGACUCUGUGCUGAACAUCUUCAAAGAUCGUAACUUUGAUAGUUGUUGUAUAUGCGCCUGUAAUAUGAACAUUAAAGGUGCAGAUGUUGGAUUAUACAUCCCGGAUUCAUCUAAUGAGGAUCAGUACCGUUGCACCUGUGGCUUUAGUGCUAUUAUGAACCGUAAACUAGGUUACAACUCUGGGCUCUUCAUUGAGGAUGAGUUGGAUAUUUUUGGCAAGACCUCAGACAUUGGCCAAGCUGCAGAAAGACGACUGAUGAUAUGUCAAAGUAACUUGAUCUCUCAGAUGGGAGAAGGAGCUAGAAGGACCCAGGAACCUCCAAUGAGCCUCCUCCUCCUCCUCCAGAAUCAGCACACGCAGCCUUUCACAUCUCUGAGCUGCUUGGAUUACAUGUCCUCCAAUAACCGUCAGACGCUCCCAUGUAUGAACUGGAGUUAUGACAGACUGCAGGCAGACAGUAACGAUUCCUGGAUAGAAUGCUUCAAUGCCCUUGAGCAAGGCAGGCAGUAUGUUGAUAACCCCACUGGUGGGAAAGUGGAUGAAGCCCUAGUGAGAAGUGCCACUGUACAUUCUUGGCCUCACAGUAAUGUAUUGGACAUCAGCAUGCUCUCCUCCCAGGAUGUGGUGCGUAUGCUGCUGUCACUGCAGCCCUUUCUCCAGGAUGCCAUCCAGAAGAAGCGAACAGGAAGGACCUGGGAAAACAUCCAGCAUGUGCAGGGACCACUCACAUGGCAGCAGUUCCAUAAGAUGGCAGGGCGAGGAACCUAUGGCUCCGAGGAAUCUCCUGAGCCUCUUCCAAUCCCAACUUUACUGGUGGGAUAUGACAAGGACUUCCUGACAAUCUCUCCAUUCUCCUUGCCAUUCUGGGAGAGGCUGUUGCUAGAUCCAUACGGGGGCCAUCGGGAUGUCGCCUACAUUGUGGUGUGUCCAGAAAAUGAGGCCUUGCUCGAUGGAGCCAAAACUUUCUUCAGGGACUUGAGUGCUGUAUAUGAGAUGUGUAGGCUUGGCCAGCACAAACCGAUCUGCAAAGUGCUACGCGAUGGGAUUAUGCGGGUGGGAAAGACUGUGGCACAAAAGCUGACGGAUGAGCUGGUGAGCGAAUGGUUUAACCAGCCCUGGGGCACUGAGGAGUGCGACAAUCAUUCCAGACUCAAACUUUAUGCGCAAGUUUGCCGGCAUCACCUAGCACCUUAUUUAGCCACUCUGCAGCUUGACAGCAGCCUGUUGCUACCACCGAAGUACCAAACCCCAGCGCCAGCAAGCCAGACGCAGACAAUACCUGGGAGCACUGGACCUGUACCCUCAAACUCAUCAUGUCUUUCCACUUCUGGGGCACCACCAACAGGCAGUUCUUUUAACUCCACACCCAACGGUGGGACCACUAGCCUUCCUGCAGGAGGUAGUUCAUCCUCUGGAUCCUCUGUGCCACAGCUGUCAGCAUCUUCUGCAACACCCGGCGUUAACCAGAUGAGCACUACCCCUACUCCAGGGUUUAGUGGAAACAUUGGUUCAGGGCAGAACACCAGCACUGGGGGAAAUGCGGCAGAUCGCUCACAAGGAAGCACAGGUCCUGGAGGAGACACAGAUGCAGGUCAAAACCUAUCACAACAGCAACAAGAAGGACAGGAAGGUGUUACAGAGAGGGAGAGAAUAGGGAUUCCCACUGAACCAGAGUCUGCGGACAGCAAUGCCUAUCCUCCAGCAGUUGUCAUCUACAUGGUGGAUCCUUUUACCUACACUGCAGAUGAGGAAUCAGCCUCAACCAACUUUUGGCUGUUGAGUUUGAUGAGAUGCUACACAGAAAUGCUGGAUAACUUGCCUGAGAAUAUGAGGAAUUCUUUCAUUCUCCAGAUUGUGCCUUGCCAGUACAUGCUGCAGACAAUGAAGGAUGAACAGGUUUUCUACAUUCAGCACUUGAAGUCUUUGGCAUUUUCAGUGUACUGCCAAUGCAGGAGGCCAUUGCCCACACAGAUUCACAUCAAGUCUCUCACAGGCUUUGGGCCAGCUGCCAGCAUCGAGAUGACCCUCAAAAAUCCAGAGAGGCCCAGCCCGAUUCAGCUAUACUCACCUCCUUUCAUACUGGCACCCAUCAAGGACAAACAGACAGAGCUGGGAGAAACGUUUGGAGAGGCCAGUCAGAAAUACAACGUGCUUUUUGUUGGCUACUGUUUGUCUCAUGACCAGCGCUGGCUUCUGGCAUCCUGCACGGAUCUUCAUGGUGAAUUGCUGGAAACCUGCAUAGUUAAUAUUGAUUUACCAAACAGGUCCAGGAGGAGCAAGUUGUCUGCACGUAAAAUCGGUCUGCAGAAGCUGUGGGAAUGGUGUAUUGGUAUUGUACAAAUGACAUCACUGCCUUGGAGAGUUGUCAUAGGGCGGCUUGGUCGCCUUGGCCAUGGGGAAUUAAAAGACUGGAGUAUCCUCCUUGGGGAAUGUUCCCUGCAGACAAUCAGCAAACAGCUGAAGGAGGUGUGCCGCAUGUGCGGCAUCUCAUCAGCAGACUCUCCUUCAAUCCUCAGUGCCUGCUUAGUUGCCAUGGAGCCACAGGGGUCAUUUGUUGUCAUGCCAGAUGCUGUCACUAUGGGAUCAGUGUUUGGACGAAGUACUGCACUGAACCUCCAGUCAUCUCAGCUGAAUACCCCGCAGGAUGCCUCCUGUACACACAUCCUUGUUUUCCCAACCUCUGCUACUAUCCAGGUAGCACCAGCAAAUUACCCCAAUGAGGAUGGGUUCAGUCCAACUAAUGAUGAUAUGUUUGACCUCCCGUUCCCAGAUGACAUGGACAAUGACAUCCGAAUUUUAAUAACAGGGAACCUUCACUCUUCACCAAAUUCUUCCCCUGUUCCUUCCCCUGGAUCCCCAUCUGGCAUUGGAGUAGGAUCUCACUACCAACACAGUAGGAGCCAAGGGGAACGUCUCCUUUCCAGAGAAGCCCCUGAAGAAUUGAAGCAGCAGCCUCUUGCUCUCGGAUACUUCGUGUCGACUGCCAAAGCUGAGAAUCUUCCGCAGUGGUUCUGGUCAUCCUGUCCUCAGGCACAAAACCAGUGUCCUCUCUUCCUGAAGGCCUCGUUGCAUCAUCACAUCUCCAUAGCACAGACAGAUGAACUACUACCUGCCAGAAGUUCUCAGCGAGUUCCUCACCCCCUUGACUCUAAAACUACAUCAGAUGUCUUGAGGUUCGUUUUGGAGCAGUAUAAUGCACUGUCUUGGCUUACGUGUAACCCUGCCACUCAGGAUCGCAGCUCCUGCCUUCCUGUCCACUUUGUGGUGCUCACUCAAUUGUACAAUGCCAUCAUGAAUAUACUUUAAUAGAUAGAAAAGCACUUGUUCUUCUGGCUUAUUCUCCCCUCAACGUGAGAAACGUGCCACAGUCUGCAAAGAUCACAGUUUUGCUUCUCUUCAGACCAGUCCUGUGCUGUGCUUCUGUUCCUCCAAAAGCACAUGUGAAUUCUGCAGUGUUGAAAACACCCAUUAACAUCUCUGGCAGCUUCAAUCCAAUUCUGGGAACAUCCGAGAACAAUGAACACAGAGUAACCUCAAGUCGGCGUUAGUUUGGUGGCCCAGUAACUACUGGUCAGUCUGAUUUAUUUUUAUUUUUAUUUUUUAAUAUUAUUUUAUUUUUUUAAGGAAGACUACAGUAUCUUUUUGGAUUAGGAACUCUGCUGAACAACCGUAAGCAGUUUCAGCCCCACAAAUGAAACCAUCGUGCAGUGACCGCUUUGGGCUGUCCAGAAGUUCUUUGUUCUUUGGUCAUCAUUAACUGGGACUUGGCAGGAAAAAAACCUACACACCAUCAUAGUCUCGUAUGAAUAUUGCAAUUUUCUGUCUACCUGGAGUUCCUGUCAGAGUGGAUUGGGAUGAAUGCAUGCAUUUGUUACCUGUCCAUGUAGAUAUGAAUGGUCUGGAGAUAUUUAUUUUAUUUUUAGGUUUGGGGAGGGGAGGGAUUAAAUUAUAAAGGACCAGGAACAGUAGGAUAUCUUAAAAACCCAGCUCCGUUCCACCUUAGGGUUAUUUAUCUACAUACCUCUCGCUCUUCUGACCUAGAAAUCGAAAAGCUAAUAACAAUCAGAGUCCCACGUGGGAAGGGGAGCAUGUCCUGAUAAGGAUACACUUGUGUUUUAAGGAAUUCUCACCUGCAUUUAGCCUGGUUAAAGUAAGGAAAGACCAGUGUUUAAUGAAGGAUAACACUACCUAAUGGAAGAAGAGUAACUGAGAGGUAGGGAGGAAAAAUACUUUAAAGUUCUUUAAAGGGCGAAAGGAAAGUGGUAAAUUAAUCUAUUGUAGAGCUAUGAUUGAAAUAUAUUUCCAGUAAAUUUAGUGAUACUAGAAAACUAUUUACUGAAACCCAGGUCGCCCUGUAAUUCUGGGCAGACUCGUCCGUGUACAUAUCCAAAAAUGUGCUUUUUGUUUACACGAAAUCAGUUACAAAUCUGGUGUAUUUUUUCUGACUUAUAGGAAUAUUAUUUCAAAGAAAUAAUUUUAAAAAGAAAAUUAUAUCAUUAAAUUAGUACUUGAAGUUCUGCCGCUGCGGUGGAAAAGUUACUUUGUUGAGUAAAAUGAUCGCCAUUUGAAAGGUCAAUGGCUAAUUGAAGUAUUUUUAUGACUCCUUCAUUCCAGGCUCCGAGGGGUUUAUAUUUAAGCUCCUUUUUUCUGAUGUUUGCUGUUGCAGUGUGCAGCAGGCACGGGCUGCUGUGUGCGAGGGGUCGGGCACUUUGAUCAGGCGCUGUGACCUAUAGCUGUCUAUCGGCGGGGGAAAAACCAACACGUUGUAAAAGUUCUUCCAAAAGACUUUCAUGUUCUGGUGGGAAAAAAUAAUAAUAAUAAUAAUAAUAAUUAAAAAAAAUGAAAUUCUAUGAUUUUAAAAAGUAUUUUUCUUGAGAUAAUGUAAACAUUUAAAGCAAAUGAUAUAAGAAUCGCUUGUGUCAUGGAAGGGUGAAGUCAGAGAAGUAACCUGUAAAUGGAUGAUGUCGUUCUCUGCACCGAACCUCCCGUGUGGGUUAUCCUCUUUGCAAUGUAUAGGUUAAAAAAAAAAAAAAUCUGAUAUCAAACCAUUUGUAUCUAAUGUGUGUACAGUGUAAAAUUGACUUUAAAAUAUUGCAGUACUAUUUUUUCUUAAUCAGAAGAGAAAAUUCUCAAGGCCUUUUGAAGAGCAUCAAAGAUGAAGAUUGUAAACUUGUAUAAAAAAAAAAAAUUAACUUGGGGAGGAAAAAUGUAAAGUAGCCAUUUGUAAUCUUUUACCAUUUGGGGGUUAUUUGUUCCCAAGAUUCAUCGGGACUUUGGAUUAUGAUUGAGUUUGUUCUUUUUAAAUGGGUCAUUUUUUAUCUAGGGGCAUUUCUUCCCCAGAAACCUGGUUCUGUGCAGACAUGGAAAAUCCAAAAGGGCAGCGAGGAGUUAGUUUUCAUCUGGUGUCUUUUAUUUAAUUUUUUUAAGUUAAGAGAAUCUGGUGACAUAUUUAUACGUUUUUGUGCAAAAUAAAUGAAUGGCAAUAGAUUUUAAAGAAAAAUCUUAUGUACUUCAGUGUGAAAAGUUCUGUAUAAUAUUUUCCUUAAAUAUGCAUUAUUUUACUUGUGAGUUUUUUACUGAAUUAAUCUGAAAUGUACCAAGCCCUGGCUUUCCUACAGAGUGAAGAAAGUUAUUUUAUUUUUUCUUUUUAUUUCUAACUUUGGAAAUUCAUGGCUAAAUCAGAAUUAUUAUUACAGUUGUUUGAGCUAAAGGGAGAGGGAGGGGGGGAGGGACGGGCGGGGAAUGUCCAGCAUGCUUGUAUGUAUAUUUCAGAACUUUUUUUAAAUGUCAAAGCUGUACAUUUCUGGGGAGUUCUGAAUUUCUUUGGGGGUUUUGGUUUUUUUUGUUUUUUUUCUUGUUUUUUUUUUUUCUUGGGUUUUUUUUUUUUUUCCUCUGAGCAUUUUGCAGUGAGCUUCUUUUCUAUCUAGCCGACUAUUUGAAAGCAAACGAUGACAACAACAAAAAAAAAACAAAACAAACCAAGUGAAGUUCAUUUUAAAUCUACAGUAUAUCGCUGGUACAAUACACUAAAAAAAAAAAAAAAAAGAAAAAAAAAAGAAAAAAAAGACUUUGAUAAAAAGAAACAAUAAUAAUAAAGACCUCCAUUUUAAAUGUCAUUCAUAUAUACCUUGUGGAUGAGAGCUAUAUACUUUUACACACUUUUUUAGAUGAAUAAAUUAUUGAAUUACUGAAA